UCAUUCACUGAGCUGAACUGAAAAAGUAUUUUAUGUUAUCAUUGUCAAAUAAUCAUGGGUGUUUUGGUUGAGUGUCAUGGGAUAUUUCAGAUAAUCAUGGGUGUUUUGGUUGAGUGCCAUGGGAUAUUUCAAAUAAUCAUGGGUGUUUUAGUUGAGUGCCAUGGGAUAUUUCAGAUAAUCAUGGGUGUUUUAGUUGAGUGCCAUGGGAUAUUUCAAAUAAGCAUGGGUGUUUUGGUUGAGUGCCAUGGGAUAUUUCAGAUAAUCAUGGGUGUUUUAGUUGAGUACCAUGGGAUAUUUCAGAUAAUCAUGGGUGUUUUAGUUGAGUGCCAUGGGAUAUUUCAAAUAAGCAUGGGUGUUUUGGUUGAGUGCCAUGGGAUAUUUCAACAUUAUCAAAAGUCUACUUACAUUAUCUGUAUCAUAAGUAUCUAUAUCAGACUCUCCCAUCCAGCCCAUAUCCACCUUUACAAUAAUAGGGUACUGCUCCUUAUAAUGCCUAUGAGCCUCUGGCAAUUUAUAAGUGUUUGUGGUCCACUCAAAAUCAACUGGAGGUUUGUACCCUAUUUGAAACUCAUGACUUUUGAAGUCAACAUCACCAUUUGCCUUAAACAUUGUUUCUGCUCUAUUUUGUUCUGUAUACUUGUUGCUGGAGCUACCAGCUUUGUGAAAUUAACUUACAAUAUGUUGUUGUUUUUUACAUCUUUCGUUUUCAGUGAUGAGGCAUAUAAUGUUUCUGAAUGAUAAGACCAUUGACACCAACUUCUGUGAUAUUACCAGGAAGCCCAUAUAGU